UAGGGGUGAUCAUCACUUUUGGCAUGUGCUAACACAGCCGGCCCCCACCCCCACCUCUUUGACGCCUCUUGCCGAACUUCAAGCAGAAGUGCGGGGCAUCGAGGUGCACCACACACCGAUACGGAACCAGACCACCGGUGGAGCAGGACUACCGCCGGCGAGGCAAUGACCGACUAACGGCGCCAUGAAUCCCGAGGAACAGACCGUAACCUGGUUGAUAUCGCUGGGGGUUCUCAGUUCCCCCAAGAAGAAUAUUGCCGAUCCGGAGGAAUUCUUGAAAGUCUCGCUAAAGGAUGGCCUCGUUCUGUGCAAACUGGUGGAGAGGCUUGUGCCAGGCUUCAACGCCAAGUAUUGCCCAGAUCCGCGAACCGAAGCCGACUGCAUAGGCAACAUUCGAGAGUUUUUGAGAGGAUGCUCGUCCUUGAAAGUGGAGGGCUUUGAGCCCGAGUGUUUGUACAGCGGGGAGAAUUUUGGCAAAGUCCUGACCACAUUGCUGGCCGUCAACUUUGCCACGCAAGACAGCGCUGCAGAAAGGUCAUGUCCACAGUCCGGCACCCAAUCACUUAGUCAGACGGCGUCCUCACACUCUGUCUCCUGUGCCAAGUCCAAAGGCUCUCUGCGACGACAAUCCAAAUCUGCGGAGAUGUCAGAGAAUGGCAACGGUGGCAGCGGGCAGCUGAUGGUGAAAGCCCGCUUUAACUUCAAGCAGAACAACGAGGAUGAGCUGUCGUUCAGCAAAGGCGACGUCAUUGUCGUGACACGGCAGGAAGAAGGCGGAUGGUGGGAGGGAAACCUCAAUGGCAAGACGGGCUGGUUCCCUAGUAACUAUGUGCGCGAAGUCAAGGCCUGCGAAAAAGCAGUGUCUCCGAAAGGUGCUCAUCUGACCAAAAGCUACUACAGUGUGGUGGUGCAGGACAUCCUUGAACACGAGCGAGAGUUUUUCAAAGAACUACAAACGCUGCUGAGCUGUUAUCUGCGACCAUUACAAGCUAGCGACAAGUUGAGCAGUGCAGACAGCGCCACCCUGUGUGGAAACUUGGAGGAGAUCCUCACCUUCCAGCAGAACCUGUGUGUUUCUUUGGAAGAAUGUACAAAAGUCCCAGAAGGCCAACAGCGACUGGCCGGAUGCUUCUUAAAUGUGAUGUGUCAGAUCAAGUCUCUGUACCUGGCUUACUGCGCCAGCCACCCGUCAGCUGUCUGCAUCCUCACUGAUCACAGCGAUGACCUUGACAAGUUCAUGGAGAGCCAAGGAGCCAGCGCUCCGGGCAUCUUAGCGCUGACCACCAGUCUCAGCAAGCCCUUCAUGAGACUGGACAAGUAUCCCACUCUAUUGCAGGAGCUGGAGAGACAUGUAGAGGAAGCCCACCCAGACUUCUCAGACAUUGUAAAGGCCACAGCAGCGUUCAGAAGCCUAGUGAUGCAGUGCCAAGACCUGCGAAAGCGCAAGAACCUGGAACUCCAGAUCCUGUCAGAGCAAGUUCGCGGCUGGGAUGGUGACAGCAUGAAGAGUCUGGGUCAUGUGCUUUACAUGUCCCAGGUCCAUAUGAGGACUGGAUCGAGCGAGGACAAAGAUGAGCGUUACUUGAUGCUGUUCUCCAGCGUGCUAGUGAUGCUUUCGACCAGUCAACGGAUGAGUGGCUUCAUUUAUCAGGGACGAAUGCCACUAACGGGCAUCACUGUAACAAGGCACAUGGAGGAUGCAGACAGUGCGCAAUAUGCCUUUGACAUCACAGGAAGCAUGAUGGAGCGUUUGACGGUGUUUUGCGCUAGUGCUCAAGAGCUACAGGAAUGGCUCGAACACUUGCAGCCGUUUAUCAAAGGAGGCAGCCCUGCAGGCACAAUUUUAAAGACAGUGGAGGGCAAGCCUCUGAGUAUAGUAGGCGCCCCAACCCACUUGUCCCACCUCGGCAGCUUCAGCGGCAUCAGCCGAGGGCCCCUGGAGCCACCAAAGAUGAGCAAGCCCUGGUCACUCAGCUGUCUGCGCCCUGCGCCCCCCCUCAGGCCUUCAGCCGCCCUGGGAUACAAAGAGAGGAUGUCUUAUAUCAUGAAGGACUCCAGCAAGAGCCCACGGCCCAUGAAAAAGUUCCUGCCUGGAAAUAGGAAGAAGGAAAGGAAGCCUUCGGAUGAUGAGGUUCAUACAAGGAGAAGCACGGUAGCUCUGGAGGAGGAUGCUCAGAUCCUGAGAGUGAUUGAGGCCUACUGCACAGGAGCCAGCCUGCACUCCACGAACACACCUGUGCGAAAAGAGUGCGUGCCUCAGGUGCUCCUUCCUGAGGAAGAGAAGAUCAUUGUGGAGGAGAUGAAGAGCAACGGGCAGACAGUCAUUGAGGAAAAGAGUCUGGUGGAUGCGGUAUAUGCUUUAAAGGAUGAGGUCCAUGAACUGAAAAAGGAAAACAAAUGGAUAAAACAAUUCCUUGAAGAGGAGCAGAAGUCUCGCAAAGAGUUGGAGAGAGUGGUGAGGAAGCUCGCCAAGCAGAAGAACGACUGCACGUGGGACGAUGGCGGCAGUGGCGCUCACUAAACAAUGAACGGUGUGUGUGCUUGAUGUCGGAAAGCCAUAGACAUCUUAAGAUCUCCAUUUCUUUUAUAACUCUCUUAAGAUGCAGUGCUUUCCACGUAAUAGCGACACACACACGAAUGUUUUCGCACCCAAACGCCACUGUGAACUGUUCUCUACCAGGAAGUGGAACGAAAAAAAAAAAAAAAAAACUCUCAGCCGCCUCUUUUUUUAUGCUUAGGUUUUAACAUCAGGACGAUCAGGUCCACUGUUGUUGUGUGCGUCUGUUACCAUGGCAACUAUUUCUUUGUUGUGCUGUCAGGAGAUCAAAUAUAUUAUGCUAUGUACUGGAUGUUUAGAGUUUUAAUUCAUAUCAGAGCUUUUCUCUGUGACCAUGCGGCUCGUCAAGAAAAGACACGCAUGUAACGUUGCAAAUAUAAUCAAAGAUAAUCACAUUUAUUGCCCGAUGCUUAACAAACAUGGGUACGAAAUAAUACCUGUUACUAAAGUAUAUAUUUUAUUUGCGUAUUAAUUACUGUUUGGAUUUUUUUUUUGUAUGUUUUAUUUAUUUUGUGGUUUCUCACUUUAAUAUUCUCAUAUAGGCAUAAAAGUAAUGAGUUUCAAAUGCUGUUUUGUAAUUAAAAUGUAUGUUUUUGUUGUUCAUAACCCGAGCCUAAAAGUGCCUCCUGAUGAGGUUUUUGUGGAACUAAAUCUUUUUAUAUAUAUGUAUGCAUAUGUAUGUAUAUAUAUUAAAUGUUGACAUUUAUAAAAUAUGACAAAUAGUGCAAAAAAGCAAUAAUAGACCUCGGCACUGAAUUAUGCGUGCGUGAAAAAUUUGCGGUUUUGACGUAACAAAAUUGAAAAGUAGUUUCGCUAGCAGGUCCCAUUUUUCAUUCAAUAAUGAUAAUAAUUGUACAAUCGGUACAAGGCAAUGUCAAUGCAACGGAAUGGCACUGUAUUUCCUGUAUACUUUUUGUUUCAUAGCUUCAAACCUUGAGCACUUCAUCUCAUGUCAAGUCUGCUUAUAAAAGGUUCUAUGCAAUUGUUAUUAUAUUGUUGCAUUUUUUCUAAGCACGCUGUACUUUACGUUGUCAUUCUUUUAUUAAAAAAAUUCUAA